AUGCACGUCACGUAACGCUUUUCUAAGGUAUCGUCGACGUUUCGGUAGCGUGGACGUGGCCGAACCUCGCCAGAAUGGAGCACCUGGAUGAUUAUCAGUCCGCCGAGCCUGCCAGCGCCAAGGGAACGACGAACGCCGACGAUGAAGAGGGUUUCGAUCUCGACGAUCUGCUGCCGAUCGUCGGCGAGUUCGGCCGUUAUCAGAAGAAACUCCUCUGGCUCGUGUGUCUUCCGGCGUGCCUCCCUUGCGGAUUUUGCGCCUUCAAUCAGCUCUUUAUGGCCAACACGCCGCCUCAUUGGUGUAAAGUGCCGGGAUUGGAGAACUUGGACGUCUCCCGUCGAAGAAGACUCGCGAUUCCGCCCAGUCAGGACGAUAAUGAAACGUACAGCCAAUGCACACGUUACGACAUCGAUUGGACGACAGAGAACAUCUCAGUCGUGACGGCGCCGUCAUCCCUGCCGAACUCUUCAUGGCCGGUCGUCCCCUGCGAUCAUGGCUGGGAGUACGAGAUGUCCGAGAUAACGUCCUCCAUCGUUAUCGACUUCGAUCUAGUCUGCGACCACGCGAUCUAUCCGACGAUCGGCCUGGUCGCCCUGAACACAGGUGGUCCGAUAGGGGUGUACCUGUUCGGUACCCUGAACGACAGGAUCGGCAGGAGGCUGUCCUUCUUCACGUGUCUGGCGACCCUGAUCACAGGCGGAUUUCUAACGUCGAUAUCGAACAGCUUCUGGACCUGGGCCGCGACGCGUGUGGUCGUAGGCCUGACCAUACCCGCCAUUUAUCAGAUACCUUUUAUCAUAUCGCUGGAGUUGGUCGGCCCGAAUUAUCGGUCGUUCGUGACGGUGAUGACUUGCAGCUUCUACACAAUGGGUUUGUGUAUGCUAGCCGGCGUGACCUAUUUGAUAAGAGACUGGCGGACGCUAGCCAUAACUACGAGCGCGCCGUUUCUUUUGUACAUAUUGUAUUGGUGGUUCCUGCCGGAGUCGCCGAGGUGGCUACUGGCGAAGGGACGCCUCGUGGAGGCGAACGACAUCCUCGAGAGGCUCGCGAAAGUCAACGGGAAAGAGCUGCCAGCCUCUUUCACCCAGAAACUCCGGCAGCGGAUGAUGAUGUCACGGUCCAAAAGUGAAGAGGAGAGAUUGCGCAGCGGGCCAGGUGUCCUCUCGCUCUUCAAGACGCCGAACAUGCGCUUGAAGACGUGUCUAAUUACUCUAAAUUGGUUCGCCAAUAACAUGGUGUACGUUGGCUUAUCGUACUACGGCCCGGCGUUAGGGAACGAGGAGCAUCUCAGCUUCUUCUUUUCAUCCCUCGCGGAAAUUCCCAGCUACAUGGCGUGCUGGGUCGUGAUGGAUCGAUGGGGACGCCGAUGGCCGCUCUGUCUGUGCAUGGUCGUGGCCGGGGUUUCCUGUAUCGCCACUGUGCUCCUCUCAUCCGACGCCGUAGUGGCCACGCUGAUUCUAUUCCUGUUAUCGAAAUCCGCGAUAUCGGCCUCGUUUCUCAUUAUAUACCCGUUCGCCGGUGAACUUUACCCCACGCAACUGCGCGGCGUAGCGAUCGGUUUCUCCGCUUACAUCAGUGGUCUCGGGCUAAUCAUUAUUCCUUUUGUUACAUAUCUGGGCAAGGAGAACUUGGUCUUGCCCCUCGUGAUACUGGGAUGCGUCUCGGUGAUCGGUGGACUGUCUGGCCUGCGUUUGCCCGAGACGCUGCAUCAUCGAUUGCCCCAGACCGUCGAGGAAGGGGAGCUGUUCGGGAAGGAUUGGACCUGUGCCGACUGCUUCCGUUGCGUUCCAAUAAAACCCUCAUCCGCCGCAGCCUCCUACGAAGAUCUAUCAGCCAGAGAGACGGUAGAGAUGCACGAGGUGCCCGAACCACCGAUCACCAUUCCCCAACGGUUACUAGAGGAGCAACAGAGGCCGAGCGGCGCGAGCGUGCGUCGGCUGGUCCGCCAGUCCAGCGUGAUGGACACGCAGCGGGACUCCGACGGUUCCAUUAAAAUGACUUACUGGUUCUAGACUCGAGACUUCGUGGUUCAAAUAAAAUUUCAGAGAACGAACAACUGAGAGUAGGUUU